AUGACCUGCCUAUGGAAGUCCCCAAGAAGGAUAUUGGGAGGAUCUAUCGCUUCUCCGGGAGAAUUCAAAUUCAUGGUUCUGAUCCACAAUAUUCCACAAGAUAAAACUUGGUGCGGCGGAGCUCUUGUGUCUCGGGAGCACGUCCUCACUGCGGCACAUUGUAUCAUAAGUUGGCAACUAUCAGAUUUCAAGAUCAAACUGGGCGAACACAACCUUAAGGAGCCCGAAACCCCCGAUUCGGAAAGCUUCCGGAUAACUUCUUGGGUCAAGCACGAGUCUUUCAAUUCUGGAACCUACGAAAAUGACGUGGUGGUCCUCACACUGGACCGAGAGGUCAACCUGGACAGCCAUAAGUGGCCAAUCUGUAUUCAUGAUGACGAACAAGAGAAUUUGGAAAAUGUCCUAGGCAUCACAGUGGGCUGGGGCUCUGAAACAUCAAGUAGCAUCAUCACCACCAUCAUCAUCAUCAAAGGUUAUCCUCCUUUUCUUGCAGAUGGCAAGAGCUCAGCAGUCCUUCAUAAGGUUGACAUCCCCAUCAUUUCCAAUAAGGAGUGUUCUGAGAGAUUCAAGAAAGCAGGUUUCCCUACUGUAGCAGCUCAUGUACAAGGUACAAGCGUCCAGUUCUGCGCUGGAAUCAAAGAAGGAGGAAAGGACACCUGCAACGGAGAUAGCGGUGGUCCAAUGGUUAGGCAGAAGGGCGACACAUACGAACUCAUAGGUAUCACCUCAGCCGGGAUCGGAUGUGGCAGACCAAAUCAAGCUGGCAUUUAUACCAGGGUCUCUUUCUUCGCACCUUGGAUCAAGGAGCACCUUACGUCAUCCUAG